AUGCCGCGCUCCUUCCUGGUGGACUCGCUGGUGCUGCGCGAGGCGGCCGAGAAGAAGGCGCCCGAGGGGAGCCCGCCGCCGCUCUUUCCCUACGCGGUGCCGCCGCCGCACGCGCUGCACGGCCUGUCCCCGGGAGCCUGCCACGCUCGCAAGGCCGGGCUGCUGUGCGUGUGCCCGCUGUGCGUCACCGCCUCGCAGCUGCACGGGCCCCCGGGGCCGCCGGGGCUCCCUCUGCUCAAGGCGUCCUUCCCGCCCUUCGGCUCGCAGUACUGCCACGCGCCCCUGGGUCGCCAGCAUUCGGCCGUGUCGCCUGGGGUCGCCCACGGUCCCGCCGCGGCCGCCGCGGCCGCCGCGCUCUACCAGACCUCCUACCCGCUGCCCGACCCCCGGCAGUUCCACUGCAUCUCCGUGGACAGCAGCUCGAACCAGCUGCCGAGCAGCAAGAGGAUGCGCACCGCGUUCACCAGCACGCAGCUGCUGGAGCUGGAGCGCGAGUUCGCCUCGAACAUGUACCUGUCCCGACUGCGCCGCAUCGAGAUCGCGACCUAUCUGAAUCUGUCGGAGAAACAGGUGAAGAUCUGGUUCCAGAACCGCCGGGUGAAGCACAAAAAGGAGGGCAAAGGCAGCAACCACCGCGGCGGCAGCGGCGGCGGCGGCGGCGGCGCGGGCGGGGGCGCCCCGCAAAGCUGCAAGUGCGCGUCUCUCACCUCAGCCAAAUGCUCCGAGGAUGAUGACGAAUUGCCCAUGUCUCCGUCCUCGUCGGGCAAGGACGACCGGGACCUUGCAGUCACUCCCUAGGCGCGCACCGCCGCCCCCAGGCGCUCCCUGCGCCUCCGAGACUGAAGCGGGAGCCCCAGCCUCUGGUCCAAGGCGCGCUCUGCGCGGAUUUGGCUCCUCUCUGCAUAGACCCUGGG